CGUCUGUGGAUCCUCAAGAUGUCGGUCUUACUCUUGGCCCUGGGCAUUGUGUUAUUUAUGUUCAGAAGUGUGUACCUUUAUACAGCGUCCAGUAACCACAAACCACAGCUCCCUCACCCUACUCUGGCUGCCGGGAUGCUGAAGCUUCUACCUGAGGAACAUGUCAGGAGCCUCUUUACCUACGAUGGAAUCUGGCUCUUCCCGAAAAACCAGUGCAAAUGUGAAGCCUCGGAACAUCCGGGAAGCUAUAACUUUGAGGAUGCCUAUGGCCAGAGUGACCUCCCUGCGGUGAAAGUGAGGAGACAGGCUGAAUUUGAACACUUUCAGAGGAGAGAAGGGCUGCCUCGCCCACCGCCCCUGCUGGCUCAGCCCAACCUGCCCUUUGGGUACCCUGUCCACGGGGUGGAAGUGAUGCCCCUGCACACGGUUCCCAUCCCAGGUCUCCAGUUUGAAGGACCAGAUGCUCCCAUCUAUGAGGUCACCCUGACAGCUUCUCUGGGGACACUGAACACCCUCGCUGACAUCCCAGACAGUGUGGUGCAGGGCAGAGGCCAGAAGCAGCUGAACAUUUCGACCAGUAACCGGAAGCUUUUGAAUUUCAUACUCCAGCACGUGACAUACACAAGCACAGAGUAUCAGCGCUGCAGGGUGGAUGUAGUGAGUCUGCAGUCCAAGUCCUCAGUGGCCAAGUUUCCGGUGACCAUCCGCCUUCCUGUUAUGCCCAAGUUAUAUGACCCUGGACCAGAGAGGAAGCUCAGAGACCUGGUGACCAUUGCCACCAAAACUUUCCUCCGUCCCCACAAGCUCAUGACCAUGCUCCAGAGCGUUCGUGAGUAUUACCCAGACUUGACUGUGAUCGUGGCUGAUGACAGCAAGGAGCCCCUGAAAAUUAAUGACAGCCAUGUGGAGUAUUACACCAUGCCUUAUGGGAAGGGCUGGUUUGCUGGUAGGAACCUGGCCAUAUCUCAGGUCACCACCAAAUACGUUCUCUGGGUGGAUGAUGACUUUCUCUUCAACGACAAGACCAAGAUUGAGGUGCUGGUGGAUGUCCUAGAGAAGACGGAGCUGGACGUGGUAGGUGGCAGUGUGCUUGGAAACAUGUUCCAGUUUAAGCUGUUCCUGGAGCACAGUGAGAAUGGGGACUGUCUCCACCGGCGGUCAGGAUCUUUCCGGCGCCUGGACGGCUUCCCCAGCUGCGUGGUGACCAGUGGUGUUGUCAACUUCUUCCUGGCCCACACAGAGCGGCUCCAAAGAGUUGGCUUCGACGCCCGCCUGCAGCGAGUGGCUCACUCAGAGUUCUUUAUUGAUGGGCUCGGGAGCCUGCUUGUGGGGUCCUGCUCAAAUGUGAUUGUAGGUCACCAGCCCCGUUCUCCAGUGGCGGACCCAGAGCUCGCAGCCCUGGAGAAGAGCUACAACGUAUACCGGACCAACACCAAAGCUCAGGUCCAGUUCAAGCUGGCUCUCCACUACUUCAAGAACCAUCUCCAAUGUACCACAUAA